UCCUGCAGAGAUGUCCUGGAGCUGAGAUGACUGACCCUCCAACAACCACAACCAUCUUCCUAUGUGCCAGAUCCCUCUCACUCUACCGCCCCCGCCCCUUCAAUCCCCUCUCUCUAAACCUCUCCGUCUACACACACCCCCAUCCCCAACUUUUCUAUCUCCUCUUUCUCUGUCCCCCUUUCUUUUCCCUCUCUUUCCAUCCUGUUCUCUCUCUCUCCCUGGCACUCUCUCUCUAUCACUCUGUCCCUCUCUCUGUGCCCCCGUCUCUCUCUCUCUCUGUCACUCCCACCCAUCUCACCCCAACGCCCGCCCCCCUUCUGUCUCCCUCUUUCCCCCUAUCCCCCCUCUCUCUGUCACUCCCACCCAUCUUCCCCAGUCCACUUCCCCUUCUCUCUCUCUCUCUCUCUCUCUUUCCCCCUCUCUCAGGCUCGGUGUCUCAGUCGGACUGACUCGCGUCAUACACAGCCCGAACGUCUUGACAGGAAACAAGGGUCUUCCUGUGAUCAGAGCAGAGGAAAACCAUCCGCUAAACUCAGCCCGACAGAGAGCGAGAAGCAGUAAACCAUUCCAACCGGACGGAGAGAGAGAGAGAAGGAGGGAGCCGGAGCAGACAGGUGGGAAAACCGGGAUUGGGAGCUUCUGACUGAGUUACUGUCGGCUGGAGAGUCAGGACAGGGGGACAGAACCCAAGGGAGUAGGGUAAGAGAUUGUCAGGCAGAGACAGAGAGGGACAAGAAUGGACUAUAGAAAGACAAGGAAACACAGAGUGAGACAGAGUGAUAGAUAGAGAGAGAGGGAAAGGGGAUCGAAAUAGUAAUAGACAGAAAGAGAGGGGCAGAGAGAGACAGCUGUCAGAGAAUCAUUCAGUGAGAUCCAGGCAUAGGGGGAGCGUAGAGUGAAAGUGCCACAGAGAGCGACCCAGAGAGAGACAGUGAGAGAGGGAGAGUGAGGGAGACACAGAGAGAGAGAGAGACAGGGAGUGAGAGGGACACGGAAAGAGAGGGAGUGAGGGAGACACAGGGAGAGACUGUGAGAGAGGGAGUGAGAGGGACACAGAAAGAGAGAGAGAGAGACAGGGAGUGAGAGGGACACGGAAAGAGAGGGAGUGAGAGGGACACAGAAAGAGAGGGAGUGAGGGAGACACAGGGAGAGACAGAGAGAGAGGGAGUGAGGGACACGAGGAGAGAGAGAGGAACACAGAAAGACAGACACAAAGGGAGAGACAGGGAGUGAGCGAGAUUAAGAAUAGAAGAGGGGAAGACAGGAAUCGGGGGACACGGAGCCGGGUGACAUCAGGAGAGGGACACUGAGAAAGAGGAAGCUCACAGGCACUACAGGGAAAGAGGGAGAGAGACUGAGAAACAGGGAAAAAAGGGGCAGAAUCAGGCAGCAGGGCAGGGAGAAACAGGGUGAGAGAUUGCAGGGUUGGAGCUAGGGUGACAUAAACAGCAGUGGGUGGGGUGGAUUACAGGAGGAAGUGAGAGUGUGAGCAGGGGCUGGGGCAGGGUGGAGUGAGGAAAGGCUGUGGGCUGUGUAAGGAGGAACUGGAGAGAGUGAGCGGUGUCUCUGGAGGGGCAAGGAGUGAGGGGGCGUCUGGGUGGAUAGGAGGUGAGGAGGAGGUAGGGAGUGAGGAGGUGUCUCUGGGGCAGAGAGUGACGAGAGUCUUGGAAGUAAGUAGGGGCCUUCAGGAGCAGGGAGUGAGUGUGUAUCUCAGGGAGUAGGGAGAGAGGCGAAGGAUGGGCCUGAUGGGGCUCGCUCUCGGGCUCCUGAUUGGCCUCCUAGUUGGGGUCCUUCCUACCGUGCUGGCCAUGAAGCUCGAGGAUACCUUUCGGAGCUCCACGCCCACCAACAACUUGCUUGUGGUGGGGGGCCUGCAGCGAGGCCGGGGCCUGGAACCUGAGCCUCGGGUGUACGUGGGGGCUGUCAAUGCGGUGUACCAGCUGGGGCCGGGCCUGCGGCUGCAGAGCCAGGUGAAGACGGGCCCUGUGAAUGACAGUGCCCUGUGCCACGCCUCGCAACUGCCCCAGAACAACUGCGAGCAUCCCCGCCGCUUGACGGACAACUACAACAAGCUGCUGGAGGCUGACCGUGCCCAGGGCCUGCUGGUGGUCUGUGGAUCCGUGCAUCAGGGCUUCUGCCAACUCCGGGCCUUGGUUAACAUCAGUCACUUGGCGGUGCAGUUCCCGCCGGCAGCUGGCACAGACCUGGUCUUCCCCAGCAUGCUGUACGUGGCUGCCAACCACCCUCAGGCCUCCACCGUGGGCCUGGUCCUGCGAGGCCCUGGCGGUGGGUCGGAGCCUGGGAGUCGGUUACUGGUGGCUGCCACCUACACGGGCCUGGGCACCCGCUACUUCCCGACCAACAGCAGCCGCGAGGACCUGCGAUUCGAGAACACUCCGGAGAUCGCCAUCCGCGCCCUGGACACUGGCCGCCUCUCGCGGCUCUUCACCUAUGACAUCAACCCCUCCGAGGACAACGUCUUCAAGAUCAAGUUUGAAGCCAAGGCCCGGAACCGGCUCAGUUUUAUCAGGGCCUUUGGCCACGGGGCCUACACCUACCUCGCCCUCAACAAUGAUGCUAACUCGGGUAGCAAAGGCGGGCGCCCGCGUAGCCUGCUGGCCCGCAUCUGCGCCGGCGCCCGGGGCCCGAGAGGGACCGAGAGCCGUAAACUGACCGAGUCGUACAUCCAGCUGGGCCUGCGGUGCAGCUCAGACCUCAGGCUCUACAGCCGCCUGCUGUCGGUGUGGGCCGGGCCUGCUCAGAGCCUGUAUGGCCUGUUCGAGAGACCUGAGUCCAGGAGCGGGGACACAGCCCUCUGCCUGUUCAGCUUCCCGGACAUCGAACGGCGCAUCCGCGAGGCCCGCAGGAAGUGCUUCGAGGAGGACCACAGUCAAGAGGUGAUGGUGCUGGACAGCGUGAUCCAGGGGAGCGGCCCGGCCUGUGUUCGCCGGAACAUCACGCUGCAGAAUGAACAGUUGGACUGUGGAGCUGCUCACCUCCAGCAUCCCCUGUCUAUAACAAAGCCACUGACAGCCCGGCCCAUCUACACAGACAGAGGCCUCACCUCAGUGGCAGUAUCCAGUGUGAAUAACCACACAGUGGUGUUCCUGGGCACGGUCAGCGGGCAGCUGCUGAAGCUCAAUCUGCGCAAUAACCUGUCAAUCGGGAAGAGGGAACUGUUGUACCUGGCCCCAGGCGAGGCUGUGCACCAUAUCAUGCACUUUGACCCUGCGGAUGAGAGCUACCUCUAUGUUAUGACAACAUACCAGGUUAGUCGGGUGAAGGUGGCUACGUGUGGCCAGUACCAGACAUGCCAGGAGUGCCUCGCAGCAGACGAUGCCCACUGUGGAUGGUGUACCCUGGAGAGCAGGUGUUCCCUGCAGCAGGACUGUGUGAAUUCCAGCGAGCCGUUGUUCUGGACCAGCCUGAGCUCUGGUGUUCAGCUGUGCCCCAGCAUGAGUAUUGUACCAUCGGAAAUCGAUGCAGCCAGCGUGGCCCAGCAGAACAUCGGAAUCACCAUCCAUGGGAAUGUGCCCCAGCUGAUUGGGAGAGACGUCUAUUGUGUUUAUGGGGAUGAGGAGAAGACCCCAGUCACUGCCUAUGAAAAUAACUCCAGCCAAUCCCAGUUAGUUCACUGUCCUUUUCUGAAGAAGGAUAAAUACUCCAUGUUCUUGGUGGACAAAGAUCAUGCUCUGCUGACAGUCGCAAUUGAGGUGUUGAAUCGACCGAUCAUGUGGGGAAAUUUAACCAUCUACAAUUGUGAGAAAACGGGACAGGUUUACCCCAAAACAGCGUGCAGAAGUUGUCUACAGACCAAAUGGGCCUGUUUCUGGUGUGUGACUGAGCACCGAUGUGUGUCAGACAGAGCGCACUGUCAUGGGCUGUCACUAGGUGCAUUGUCUGAGAACUCCAGCCACUGCCCACAGGUCAUACCAACAGACAUCGACCCUGUGCCAACAGGAGGAACAUUGGACAUUUCAGUCUCCCUGGUCAACAGUCAGUUGCUGAAGGAUACCGACCUACGGUGUGAGAUUGGUCACCAGCAAUACCGAGCACGUUGGCUCAACAGCUCCCAGGUGCUCUGUGAGGAUGUCACGCUGUUCACAUUGAACAGGAGCCGUUUGUUUCCAGUGCAGCUGAGGUUGAGCGGGGACCACAGAUUUAUCGACAAUCCAACCACCACCUCAGUGGAGGUUUAUAACUGUGAGGUUGGGAGAUCUGACUGCUCUGCUUGCUGGGGUCGGGUUGACUGGGGUCACAAGUGUGCCUGGUGUAUGAGCACGAAGAGCUGUAAACUGCGUUCUGAGUGUGGAAUGAUCGAGGCGACCUGCCCUGCUCCUAAGAUUCAUCAGAUAGAGCCACUGACUGGUCCUGUAGAUGGAGGAACCCUCCUCACGAUUCGAGGCCAGAACCUGGGCCGUAGGUUCAGCGACAUUGAGAGCGGCGUAUGCAUUGGUGAAGUGGCGUGUGUGCCUGUGCAGGACAGCUACAUCGUCUCUGAGCAGAUUGUGUGCAGCACUAAUGGAGCGAAUCAAGUAUUUACAGACUCUGUGACAGUGAAGGUCCACAAGGAAGGUCACUCCAGCCAGAAAUUCUCAUUCCUGCUUCCCGAGAUUGGUACACUCUAUCCAGAUCAAGGACCCAAAGCUGGGGGCACCAGGAUUACCAUCAAUGGCACCAACUUACACAUCGGCUCUGCCCUGAGGGUCCUUGUCAAUGGCGCGAAGGAUUGUACAAGUUUAAAACGGACGGGGAGGUCGAUCGUCUGCGUCAUGCCAUCGUUUCAUGUCACUGAGUCUGCUGUUCCGAUAUGUGUCCAGUUUGAGAAGAAACAUUGCCUCAGGAAGAACAUGACCUUCUGGUAUCGGGAAAACCCACUGAUCGAAGGCAUCAGUCCCAAUACCAGCUACGUCAGUGGUGGAAGGCGUAUCACAGUGACCGGACAGAGAUUCCGCUUAGCGCAGAGCAUCCUCAUGGUGAUUGAAGACGGUGGGAAAGCCCAGUCAGUCUGUAUCAUCGAGAGUGACUCCAUCCUAACCUGCCCGUCACCUCCAUAUCCAGUUUCCACAGUGAAUGUUCACUUUGAGGUUAAUGGGAUCCGCUAUAAAAAAGCAGCAAGUCUGGCUCGUGCCAGUGCAGCCUUUACACUGCACUAUUACAAUGACCCCCAUUUCUAUCGUAAAGAGAAACUGAUUAAACACCAUAAGGGAGAGCCACUCACCCUGGUGAUUGAGAAAAUACAAGACAACUUGAACCUAGCCCCUGAAGAGUACAAAGUGAUGAUUGGCUCCUUCCCCUGUGAUAUCUAUGUUGUGAAGGGAAAGAUUCAUUGUUCAGUGAAUGUCUCUUUGGAAUCCGACGAGAGGCAGUUACCAGUGUCGGUACACGUAGGGAAAUACAAUGAGACCAUUGCAAUGGUACAAUUGAGUGAGAGCGACUUUUCCAUCAUCAUGUCCAUUGUGGUGUGUGUGGUGUUGCUGCUGGCCUGUGCUAUUGCUCUGGUUGUUUUUUGUACAAAGAGCAGACGGGCAGAGCGAUAUCGGCAGAAGACCCUGCUCCAGAUGGAGGAGAUGGAGGCUCAGAUCAGGGAGGAGAUCCGAAAAGGUUUUGCUGAGUUACAGACUGAUAUGACGGAUCUGACGAAGGAGUUAAACCGCAGUCAGGGAAUCCCGUUCCUUGAGUACAGAUACUUUGUCAUCCGGACUUUCUUCCCGAAGUGCUCCAUUGACAGUGAAAGCCAGAGCCCAGAGCGUUUCCACCAGUUGACCACUCAGUCCCGCAUAGCUGCCAUUUCCCGGAGCCCUCCAGAGACCCACCCCCUGCUGCAGCCUGAUUGGAAGGUUCCGGAAAACUGUCGUCAGAACAUGGAGGAGGGGAUCAGCCUGUUCUCGUUUCUCCUCAACAACAAACACUUCCUCAUCAGCUUUGUCCAUGCCCUUGAACAGCAGAAGGAUUUUGCUGUACGGGACAGGUGUAAUCUGGCCUCUUUACUGACCAUCGCACUGCACGGGAAGCUGGAAUACUACACCAGUAUCAUGAAGGAGCUGCUGGUGGAUCUCAUCGAUGCCUCAGCCUCCAAGAAUCCCAAGCUGAUGCUGCGGCGGACAGAGUCGGUGGUGGAGAAGAUGCUGACCAACUGGAUGUCCAUCUGUAUGUACAGCUUCCUCAAGGACACUGUUGGAGAGCCUUUCUUCUUAUUACUGUGUGCCAUGAAGCAGCAGAUUAAUAAAGGCUCCGUGGACGCCAUUACAGGAAAAGCUCGGUACACCCUGAAUGAAGAGUGGCUCCUCAGAGAAAAUAUUGAAGCAAGACCGAUGAACCUCAACGUCUCGUUCCAAGGCUGUGGAAUGGAUUCCAUCACAGUUCGUGUCAUGGACAGUGACUCCAUCAGCCAAGUCAAGGAGAAGAUUCUGGAAGGAUUUUACAAAAAUGUACCUUUCUCUCAGUGGCCUAGAGUAGAAGAUGUGGAUCUGGAGUGGUUUGCAUCAAGUAGCGACAGCAGGAUCCUGCGGGACCUGGACAACACUUCGGUGAUGGAGGACGGCCGAAAGAAGCUCAACACCCUGGCCCAUUGCAAGGUCCCUGAUGGAGCCUCCCUGGCCAUGAGCUUAAAGGACAAGUGGGAUGGUACACUCGGACGAGUGAAGGACUUGGAUACUGAAAAAUACUUCCACUUGGUCCUUCCAAAUGACGAACUUAUCGAAACGAAGAAAUCUCACAAGCACAGUCACCGCAAGAAGGUUUUACCAGAGAUCUACCUGACAAGACUGCUCUCCACCAAGGGCACGCUGCAGAAGUUCCUGGAUGAUUUGUUCCGAGCAGUGCUCAGUAUCCAUGCAGUGAAGCCUCCGUUUGCGGUGAAAUAUUUCUUUGAUUUUCUGGAAGAGCAGGCUGAGAAACGAGGCACCACAGACCCGGACACCCUGCACAUCUGGAAAACCAACAGCUUGCCGCUGCGUUUUUGGGUGAACAUCCUGAAGAACCCACAGUUUGUUUUCGAUGUGGAGAAGACUGACCAUAUGGAUGCCUGUCUGUCAGUCAUAGCCCAAGCAUUCAUUGAUGCCUGCUCCAUUUCUGACCUGCAGCUGGGCAAGGAUUCACCAACAAAUAAACUCUUAUACGCAAAGGAAAUCCCAGAAUACAAGAAAGCUGUGCAGAGAUAUUACCGAGAGAUCCAGGAAAUGAUCACACUGAGUGAACAGGAAAUGAAUGCUCACCUGGCAGAGGAGUCUCGGAAACACCAAAAUGAGUUCAACACUAAUUUCGCCAUGGCUGAAAUCUACAAAUACGCCAAGAGAUAUCGCGGUCAGGUGAUGAAUGCCUUGGAAUCUAAUUCAGUGACCAGACGCAUGCAGUUCCAACACAAGUUUGAGCAAGUGAUCGCAUUAAUGGAAGACAAUAUUUAUGAAUGUUGCAGUGAAGCCUAGCUGGCGGAGGCUGACUGACUGAGUACAUUAUCUCCUACACCUCCUAACACUGACAACCUUCGAUGGACUGGUGCCUGUGCCAACUAAUGCUGUUUGAUGCCCACAACACCACAAUGUGAAGCAGACUGUGUGGUACAUCUGGGAGUGAUGGAUGAGCGCAAGUAAUAUUGGCCAUUGGACAGCCCUGGUGACCGGUGCGCCAAUAAGCAAUGCGAGUGGCAUUUCUGUGUCUGAUAGGUGGUCAACCAGUGUGCCGACGGAAUGGCGAGGAUGGGAUGCCCUUGGAACAGUGAUCUCAUCAGCCAGAGAGAGAAAAACCACAUCUGGCAGACCUCUGGGGGCACAGUCUGAUCCCAAUUGAGGGCGGCAGCAGCAGCUGGCAGGAGCUGGGGUGGGUUAGGGUGUGUGCCCAUCUGUCAAUGAAGAGGAACCAGAGUAAAAGGAGGGUAGAAAAUGUACUCAGAGUGGAUGUUGAUAAUCUCAGGGUCUGUUCAAUUGGGAAUGGGGGAGUCAUCCAGUGACAGCCCCUUCCUUCUCAGGGAUUCACUCCAGAUCUUGAGGGGGGGUGGGGGCGUGGGGUGGGUGUGCAGAGGUGGUUUUACUUUAUAAAUGAGGCAUUCUCAGUGUUGCACAGGGUCAGACCACUUUGAUCGGUUUCUCAAAUGGAGGCAAGGAACUAAGAUUCUAUUCUUAGACAUGUUUAGUUGCUUCCAACCUGUGUAUAGGGGCUUCAGUUCAUAAAUAGGGAGU